UAACUUUCUAACAAUGAACAGUUCAAAACCACCUGUGUUGGCUGGAAUUGGUAUAUUUUCUAAUACAACCUGUCGCACAGAAAAGAAGAUCUCUGUGUUUUUUUCUGUAAUUUUUAUGACAGUGGGAAUUUUAUCCAACACUCUUGCAAUAGGAAUUCUUAUGAAGGCUUAUCAGAGAUUUAGACAGAAGUCAAAAGCCUCUUUUUUGCUUUUUGCUAGUGGUUUGGUUAUCACAGACUUGCUGGGCCAUCUCAUCGCUGGAACCAUUGCAGUAUUUGUAUAUAUCUCUGACAAAGACUGGAUCCGAUUUAAUCAGUCCAAUGUUCUCUGUAGCAUUUUUGGCAUCUGUUUGGUGUUCUUCGGACUAUGUCCCCUUUUUCUGGGCAGUGUGAUGGCUGUUGAACGCUGCAUAGGAGUCACAAAGCCAAUAUUUCAUUCAACAAAAAUGACCUCUAAACAUGUAAAAAUGAUGUUGACUGUGGUAUGCCUUUUUGCUAUUUUUAUAGCUUUGCUGCCUAUAUUUAGGUUAAGAGCCUAUCAAAUUCAAGCAUCAAGGACUUGGUGUUUCUAUAAAACAGAACAUGUUGAAGAGUGGGAAGACAGAUUUUACCUCCUACUUUUUUCAUGCUUGGGUUUAUUGGCCCUUGGUAUUUCAUUCUUGUGCAAUGCUGUGACAGGAAUUACACUUCUGAGGGUCAAAUUUAAGAGUCAACAUAGACAAGGCAGAUCUCAUCAUUUUGAAAUGAUCAUUCAGCUCUUGGCUAUAAUGUGUGUCUCUUGCAUUUGCUGGAGUCCAUUCCUGGUGACCAUGGCCAGUAUUGGAAUAAAUGAAAACCAUUCCCAGGAAUCCUGUGAAACAAUACUUUUUGCACUCCGAAUGGCAACAUGGAAUCAAAUUUUAGAUCCUUGGGUAUAUAUUCUUCUUAGAAAAGCUGUUCUUAAAAAACUCUAUAAGAUUGCUAGGAGAUGUUGUGGUGUGCACCUUAUUAACUUUCAUAUGUGGGAACUCAGCUCCAUCAAAAAUUCUUUAAAAGUUGCAGCCAUUUCUGAUUCACAAGUUACUUCCAAGCAAAUGAAUCAGCAGCCACUCAGUUCAACAAUGCAAUAA